AGCUCAGCCCCAGCGGCGCGCACCUCAUCAGCUGCACGUGUUCCCUGUGCCUCCGCCGUAUAGAGUGGGGCAAUGCUGAGGAGCUCUUAAGGCCGCAUCCAGCUCUCACUCAUCCCUUCUUCUCUCCAUCUCACACACCUACGUCUCUGCGACUUUCAGCUCCUCUAUCUCAACACCCCUCACCGGCAACCUCGAAACCCACACCCCACAACCUCACCCACCCACAUCGGAUCAUGUCCGGCUCAUACGAUAACCGCGGCGGCUACGGCGGCGGCCAAGACUACAACCAAGGCCAAUACGGCGGGCAGCAAGGAGGCUACGGCCAGCAAGGCGGCUAUGACCAGAACCAAGGCCAGUACGGCGGGCAGCAAGGCGGCUACGGCCAGCAAGGCGGCUACGACCAGAAUCAGGGCCAAUACGGCGGUCAACAAGGCGGCUACGGCCAGCAAGGCGGCUACGACCAGAACCAAGGCCAGUACGGCGGUCAACAAGGCGGCUACGGCCAGGGCCAGGGUCAGGGUGCUUAUGGGUCCGGGCAGUAUGGGGAGGGCCAGCAGGGGCAGCAGUAUGGACAGCAGUAUGGUGAUCAGCAGGGGUAUGGUGGGCAGCAGCAGCAGGAUCACAAUCAGGGCGGGCCAUGGGGACAAGGUCCACCGCCCAGCGGCGACCCCGGCAAUCCCUACGGCUACGACAAAGACCCCCAGGAUCCCAGCAACCCGCAGGAAGGCGAGAGGGGCUUCAUGGGUGCCGUCGCUGGCGGCAUCGGCGGGCACUUCGCUGGCAAGGAGUUCGGCAACCACGGCAUCAUCGGCACUCUAGUGGGCGCUUUCCUGGGCAGCAAGGCUGAGGAUGCAGUCAAGAAUCGCCGAAACAACAACGGUGGUGGGUGGUAGAGUAGAGUGCGGGCUAUGGAGUACCUCAUGCUGAUGCUGAUGCGGCGAUCUACUUUCUGUGCUUCGAGAGGAUUGCGACAUCCAUGAUUGUUAUGGCGUUAGGAUAGAUAUGAUUUGACGACUCAUCACUCGAGCAUUGAACCCUUGUAUUCAGAUGUAACCAUUUCUCCAGCUCCCAAAAGCACGGGCGUGUACUGUACAGUGCAGCCUGGUAUGAUGAGUCAGCACCUGGGCCAGGGUACCGCGUGCGGCGAGCGACGUCACUUUACGUGAAACGCGACUUCUUGCUGGUUGCUUUCACGCCUGCU